AUGGCGACCCAUAUGUCACCAAAUCCGCUUCCAGCAACCAACGGCGAGACCCACGCGCGGGGUCCUCAAGGCACCACAUCAGCCAGUUCCACGGCGACAUCUGCGCCUUCUGUGAAUCGCAAGAAGCAGAAACGCCGACAGAAACAAGCUGCUCGCUUAGCCGCGGAACAUCCCAAUGCUUGCGCCUCCGGAGAUGCGGACAUGCUAGCAACAGAUGAACAGCGCUCCUGCGAUGAAGACCACGAAUAUCACCUCGAGGAUCACUCUCAUACAGCAAGUGGUUCUCAUUACGGAUAUGCGUCACCAGAACAUCGCCGCGGACCCCCCACGAUGAACGGAUCCGAUGAUCACCACGCUGCCUCGAGCGAGGCACCAAAGAGGAAGAAAAAUAGGAAAGCCCGAUCCGACUCCCAGAAUCAUGCUGAUCGCAGCUUAACUCCACUCUCAACCCCGUCCGCCACCUUCUCCCACCCUCCUCCGCCUCCCCAAUCCAUGCCAUACAUCAGUCGAUUCACCGGAAAGCCUAUGAAAAACAGCAGCAUCUGGAACCAGUCAACCCUAGAAGAACGCGAAAAUAUCAGGACCUUCUGGUUUGAGCUCGGCGAAGAAGAACGACGUCAGCUUGUCAAGGUCGAAAAGGAUGCUGUUCUGAAGAAAAUGAAAGAACAGCAAAAGCACUCUUGCAGUUGUACAGUUUGUGGAAGAAAACGAACAGCGAUUGAAGAAGAGCUAGAGGUCCUCUACGACGCAUACUACGAGGAGCUGGAACAAUACGCAAAUAACAAUCAAGGCGCAUUCGACGAAGGAGCUCCUAUCAUUCCUCCUCCUCGACUCUAUCAACCACCCCUUCGAUCCCCAGGGCAUCAUACUCGGACGCACGGCCAGUUUCAUCCGUCACGGAGCCGAGUCCAAGAGUUACCUGAAGACAACGAUGAUGAUUUAGAAGAGGAUUACGACGAGGAAGAGGAAGAAGAUGGCGAAGAAGAAGAUGAGGAUGAGGAGGAAGAGGAUGAUGAGGAGUUGUACAGCGACGAAGACCUUGAAGAUGACGAAGCUCGAGCAGCCCGAGCUGAUUUCUUUGCAUUUGGCAAUAGUCUAACAGUGAAAGAUGGAAUUCUUACAGUUGCAGACGAUCUUCUGAAAAAUGAUGGCAAGCACUUCAUCGAUAUGAUGGAGCAAUUGGCUGAACGGAGAAUGCAAAGAGAGGAAGAUACACAGUACGGAAUAGCUGCUGCUCAUCAGUCCUUCCAUGGGCAUAAUCAUGGUCCUCUAGACGAUGAGGAUUACGAUGAUGAAGAAGACGAUGAGGAUUAUGACAGCCAAGAGGAGGAAGAGUUCGACGAGGACGAAAUGGAUGCCAUGACCGAGGAACAGCGCAUGCAGGAAGGCCGACGAAUGUUCCAGAUUUUCGCCGCCCGAAUGUUUGAGCAACGAGUUAUGACGGCAUAUCGGGAGAAGGUCGCCGAACAGCGUCAGAAACAGCUAAUUGACGAGCUCCUCCAAGAGGAGACGUUGAACGAGCAGCGCAACGCCAAAAAGGCCCGGGAAGCGCAAAAGAAGAAGGAUAAGAAGCGAUUGCAAAGACAAGCAAAAGAAGAGGAGAAAGCCCGCCGGGAUGCCGAGAAGGCGGCUGAAGAGGCGGCUCUGAAGGCUGCGCAAGAGAAGAAACUUGAAGAACAGCGAUUAAAGCGAGAAGAGCAACGGAAGAAGCGUGAUGCCGAGAAAAAGGCACAAGAGGAAGAACGUGCUCGCAAAGAAGCUGAGAAGCAGCGACGACUCAAAGAAGAACGGGAACGUCAAGCCGAGGCUGAGCGCAAGCAACGCGAACAAAAAGAGGAAAAGAAGAGGCGAGAGGAUCUUAAACGCAAAGAAAAGGAGGAGCGUGAGGCAGCUGAAAAGAGAACCAGAGAGGAACGUGAACGCAAAAUACGCGAAGAUCAGGCGAGGAAGGACCGAGACGCAGCACGAGAGCAGGAAAUCCGAGAUCGCAAUGGAAAGCGCGAGCAAGUCAGAACCUCACCACCACAUACUUUGCCAGGCGUCAUUCCAUACAAUCUCCAGUCCCAGGCCCCUCCUGGUUUCCUGCAGUCUCCGCAUUAUCCCAUGGCGACACCUAUCGUUCCUAAGGUCUCGACUCCUGGACGGCCUCGUCAACAAUCUCAUCAUGGCUCUUCUACAUCCUCCCCUCACUCUCAACCUAACAGCGCCGAUUCCUCUCACCACCCUUCCAUCUCCCCACGUUCCAUGGGUCAUCCGCAGUCAGGAUCGACUUUUGGUAGACAAGGUUAUCAACAGCCUCCAUUGCACCACCCUCAACCUUCCGCUCCUCUGUCACCUCUAGGGCGCACCAAUCCUUCGGCAUUCGCUGGCCUCGAAUCGAUGUAUUCGUCGAAUGCUGGGAUGAUUAACCCUUUGCGGUCAUUUAACGGAUCUGGUGGAAUUCCCGUGCCGCCUGGGAUGAACGGUGUACGCCCCAUGCCACCGAGCCGAGCGUUCCCAGCUGAUCCUGUACACGGUCUUCCCUUCGCUGGCAACCAUGGAGUGCCUGGUGCAUACCCUCUGCAGCAAGCCGGUCUGUCAAAAGCACAUUCCAGGCAGCCUUCUCUCUCAUUUGACCGCUCCCCGUUAGAUUCUGGCGCCCAGCCGUUCCCCAUCACACGGCCAAGCCCUAUCAAACGCCCAUCCAGCUCGGCACAGGACCGACAGCACAAUGGCAAUCCUUCAGUACAGCGAGAAGUGGAUGGCUUGAGUGCUCAUCUAGGUAGCAGUGCGCUCCUUGAUGACACUGAUGCUACAUAUCCAUCAAAUCUGUCUCAAUCAUUACCUGGUGCCCCCGCCCCCGGGGCAUUCCCGGGGCCGACACGUGCCAGCUUCCAAGGACCGUCGUUGCUCACAGAUCCUCUAGGAUCCCCACAGACUAACUUCGGGAUUGGUUCUCCAAUGGGCAAUCCUACAUGGUCUGCGACAGCCUUCUCCCCCUUCAGUACCACAUGGACACCCGCUUCGGCCGGAAGUGGCUGGCCUCCCAAUAAUGCCUUCUCAGCAGGCGGUCAUCAUCGGCCUCAUACUUCUCGGCCCGUUACAAUUCGCCUGUUGGUCAUUCAAGCAUGCAAGCAGCUGAACUCGAUGACCAGCCCGCAGAAGGGUGCUGGAAGCUUCCACGAUGUAAACCUUGUUCUCGGCCAGGUGGAGCAGCUGCGCAACUCAGGCGAGCCAACGAUCUCUUUGGACGAAAUGCUUGAUAUCUGUGAUACGGAAGGUAGUCCACACAAUGGCGGUGGAUCUUUCUCUAUCAAGGAAGGCCCAAAUGGCAAGUCUGUCCGAUUCGAGCCCGAUCCUAACAGUGCGGUCUCCGGUCAUCGGGGCAGCAUUGUACCUGGCGAUAUCGGCAGCCCGAUCCCUAGUAACAGCCACCCGGCCCCCUUCAGUGGAUUUGGUGGACCAUCCUCCGUACUGCGGCAAUAUUCUUCGCCUCCGACUGGCUUAUUCGGCGGGACUCCUCUGUCCUGA